AUGGCGUCAAAGCGUGUUACCCUGCCCUUCAAGCUCUUCACGAAGAGCCCGAAGUUCGACUGGCCUCGAAGCGAGACCACUGAGGCGCAGGACUUCAUCAAACAACAUGCCCUGUCAGCUGAUGACUACGAAUCAAUGCGAAGCUGGAUCUGGCAAUCAUUGAGCAACAAGGAGCUUGGAGGUAUGCUCAAUCCGAAUACCGGUCCAAACACACCAGGCCCCGUUCGCCAGGAGACUCCCACUGAAUCGCCAUCCAAGACCACAGUCAGAACUAAGCGUUUUGCCACACCAUUCACAGAAGAAGAGGAGGAGACUCCAGUUGUGAAGCGUGUGAGGGCUGACAAGAACAUGGCUGAGAUUGAUAUUACACAGCUCGACGACGAUGAAGUCGAAGACACUCUCGAGAGAACGACAACUCUAUCCACACUACUACACUUCGAAUCAAUGAUUGUCACCGCUGCAGCAGCAGUGGGUGUCGAGGCUCCGUACUCCUGUCCAGAGAAGGAUGCUACCUCCGUCGCCACGAUCAAGCGCAUUGCCACACUCAAGAAAUUGUUCGAUAGCAAGGUGCCCGGGUUGAGCAAGGAGUACAAGGAGAUGUUGAAAGCUAAGGGUGGCGUGCAUAGCAAGGUGGCUUUCGGCAAUUCAAGCAAGGGAAGAUCUAUGAAGUUAUUGCAGGAACAUGUUGAUGGUGUCAUGAAGGAGAAGAAAAUCCUCUGGGCAGCAGAAGAGAUUGAGGACGAGGAUCUUUUCGCGGAAGAUUUCGAAGCGAGUCAGAACGCCGCUGUUGAAGCAGAGCAGGCUGGACAUAACGAAGACCCCGCAGAAGUCGAAGGCCAGGAGGAGAUCUCGUAA